CGAUCCUGUAGAUUCGUUGCCACGUACUGCUUCUGUACUGUUUAACACUUCACCCCUAAAAUACGUAUCAGAUGUUACGUUCCUCUUCCAUGCGUGAAUUAUAGAGAUACUCUGUUUACGUCUAGUUUAAAAUAUGUUUAUGCAUAAAAGUGUAUAAAGUUAUUCAGUAACUUUUUGAGAAAAAUAAUUAUUUAUCAAAUUGUUAUGAAAAAAUUAAGUAGAGAAGUGAUGAAAACUAUUUGCAACACGCAUCUCUCAUUGUCACAAAAAUCGUCGAUUGUUGGAUAUUAUGAAGAAAUUUAAAUAUAAAAAUCAAAUUAAUUAAUAAAAUUUUACUUCGAAAAGUUAUAUAAAUUAUAAAUAAAAAUGCAGUCAAAUAUGACUUUCGAUUUUUACAACUUUACAGUUGAAGAUCCUAUAAAAAUCGAUAUUAUAGGAAUGGUUGUGAUGUCUGUAUUAUUGGGUAUCAUAAUAUUAGCUACUGUAGUUGGAAAUUUAUUUGUCAUAGCUGCAAUAUUUAUCGAGAAGAAUCUACAGAGUGUUGGUAAUUAUUUAGUCCUAUCCUUAGGUGUUGCAGAUCUGAUGGUAGCAUGUUUGGUUAUGCCACUCGGUGCUGUAAACGAAGUGAAUCAAGAAUGGAUAAUGGGACCCGAGUUAUGUGACGUGUGGACUGCAUGUGACGUUCUCUGUUGUACAGCAUCUAUCUUACACCUCUUAGCCAUAGCAGUUGACAGAUUUUGGGCAGUAACUAACGUCGAUUACGCUCGUCAAAGAAAUGCUAAACACAUUUACAUAAUGAUCCUUUUAGUUUGGAUAGUAUCGUUUGUGGUAUCUCUAGCGCCUAUAUUCGGUUGGAAAGAUCCCGAUUUUGCCAAGCGACUAGAAGAAGAAAAAAGGUGUCUUGUGAGUCAAGAUGUUGCCUAUCAGAUAUUCGCUACCUUUUCUAGCUUUUAUGUGCCAUUGGUUGUCAUACUGAUUUUAUAUUGGAGGAUAUGGAAAGAAGCAAGGAAAAGAAUACGACACAGACCUGGAGCAAAAGCUGUACUCGUAGUACAAAAAAGUUCAGGAAAUAUUACACCACCAUCAACGGCAGAUUUACCUUCUACUUCGAGCACUUCUAAUGGUGUUGCUGCUGCUCAAACCGGUGUGGGAAGACUUCUUUUAAUAGCCAAAAGGGAUAAAAAGUCAACGAGAAUAAAAGAAUCAAUGGAAUCGAAGAGGGAAAGGAAAGCAGCAAAGACUUUAGCUAUCAUAACAGGUGUGUUUGUGGUAUGUUGGCUACCAUUCUUUGUCGUGGCGUUAGUUAUGCCUAUAUGCAGUUGUGAACUGAGUCAAUACAUUUUCAGCUUCUUCUUGUGGUUAGGUUACGCCAAUUCUAUGCUUAACCCCCUCAUUUAUACAAUAUUCAGCCCCGAUUUUAGGAAUGCUUUUAAAAGAAUAUUAUGUGGACCUCAAUCUACUCAAAGAUCUUAA